UAAAGUAACUGUUGUAAUGAAAAAGUGCUACACUAAAAUCAGAUAUCUUGGGUCACAAACUUUAACUUAAAGGGGCUAUCCACCCCUUUCUUUCAUGUAGUACACUAAGUACACUAAGGUUCUUGCUGUAGACUAUAGAAAUCUGGCAAUCUCAAUUGUGCCCUGUGCCCAGAAGAUGGAGUCAUGAGCCCAGCACUGUUUGGUCCCUUGGUCCUUGGCUCCAUGGUACACACGAGAACCGUUUAAUCUGAGUUGACUUAAAGCUUCACAGACGCUACCAAUUCUAUCCAAAAGACUUCCUCACUGACAACACUGCCGAAAUAUUAGGUUAAUUAAGGUAAGCGGACUUGGAAUAGUAAGAAAAACACAACUUUUCUGUGAGGAUUUUAUUUUGAAAGUUUUAACAUGGGCGGGCGGGGGUGUGCGUUUUUGAGCUGUCGUCGACUCACAUCUGGAGAGCCGGUUCUUUCUGAAUUUGAAACAAACUGUCCCAUCCUGCAGUAGGCCUACGAGCUGUUAAUAGAAACCCUGUUCAGAUGUGUCAACCUUGGCCCUUUUGGCCUGUUAUUAUAUAAUGUUAAUGUGAUGCGUCAGCAUCCCUGAGACAGCGUGUGAAGUUAAGGUGAAACUCGAGCCGUCGUCGUUGGACUGAUCAGCCGAGUUGCACCAGUUCCAACAGCUGGAUGAGGGCUGGAAACAUCUGCAGCGCCUGUUCCGGAGUGCGCAAAACGAAACAGCAGCUGAGUGGUUUUGUGUCGCUGGUCCUGGAUGAAACAUCCCAGCAAUGAAGCGAAGCCGUCUGUGUGCAUCACACGCCGCUCGGACAUGAUUGGAACCCGCAGUCCUGUUAUUAAAAUUACCCACAAUAGUUUAACUGGAGCUGGAAUAACCAAGUGGACCAGACAGGAAUGAAUCAGAUGAAACUUUCCUCUGAGGAGUUGCGCUCUCUGCCACCAAGACCACCGAUUUUCCCUGCAGCUUCACCAAAGAGACGUUUUGUCAAGUUGGGGAGGACGAGUGAUGGCUCUCAGCAAUCAGCUUCGUCCACUGGCAGUUCAUCCACCAGCAGGUCAGCUGAGGGCGUGGCCGUCAGACAGCCCAGCAAGAGCCGCAUCCGUCGCCAUACCAACCGCCUCUCGGGUGUCUUCCUCCGCGGGCCCGUGGCCUCAGGCCCCAUGGCACUGACAGCAGGCAUCAGGACCUCACUGUCCAUCCACGCCAGGAAAGGAAGCAUGAUCUCUGCAGAUGUUUUAAGAGUUGAUGACCCAUCUGAGCUAUCCAAUCAAAUCACUGCUCCAGGAAUCCUGAAGAUCUUUGGAAAUGAAAUCUGUGAGGGAGCUCACUAUAAGAGCGUCCUGGCCACCACACACUCUAGUGCAAAAGAGCUAGUCAAAGAGGCCCUUGAACGGUAUGGCCUGAGCAAGGAGGAGGCAGAGUCCUACAUUCUCUGUGACACCAUUGGCUCCACUGGUAAUCAUCAGUGGAAGACAGAAGGUUUCAGAGUUGUGGGCGACAAUGAAAAGCCCCUCCUCCUGCAGUCACUUUGGAAACCCCGAGAAGGUCUGGCGAGGCGGUUCGAAAUCCAGAGGAGAAGCUGGGUAGAGGAGAAGACAUCCAAAGACAAAGACACCAUUACUGCUGGUAUCAAUGCCCAGGCUCGAAAGCUGCAGAAGAGCCGCUCCAGAGUCACCUCCACACUCAUAGAGAGGACCAUGGGGCGAAGUCACAAACUGUGGAGAAGCAAAAGUGAGAUGGACCUCUUAGAUUCUGAUACAGAGACCAAACAGGACUUGGAUAAUGAUCAACGUAAGGAUCGAAGCGAGAGUCUGAAUCAAACUCCAGCGCAGAGUUAUGAGUGCCAAAAAACAAGCUCAGAACAGAGUCACAUUCACAGUGUUGCAGUUCCCUCUGAGGGGGACGGUGGGUCGCCAGCCAAGACAGAGACCCUCUGUCCACCGAGGCCGGGAGGUGAGCGGGAAGGAGAGGAGUCAGAGAGGGAGGAGACAGAGAGCAGCGACGAUAACAACACACAGUACUCCAUUCACCCUCCUCAAGACUGUCCAUACCUGCUGUUGCUACAGGGCUGCAGCAUCACACAGGACUUUGUCAUCUACCUGCUUGCUGGGCCAAACAUUGUAUUUGGUCGACAAAGUGAUCACGACGACAGGUCAAAGGCGGAUGUUCUCCUCUUUGCCGCUGAUAUCCUUCAGAGACACUGUUCUUUUCAUCGGCACAGCGUUGGUAGCCCCACCAUGCUAUGCCCUUGUCAGGAUGCCAUGGUAACUAGAAAUGGUGAAGUGCUGACAAAAGAAGUGCAGCUUAACCCUGGUGAUGUUAUAGGCCUGGGACAGUGCUACCUGUUUCUUUUCAAGGAUCCUUUAGCUUUGGCACACAAGGAUGUGAACAAUGCUGCUCCUGAGCCAGGCAUGACUGCUGUCCCCUGGAUGCUGGAUCAGGUGACUUCUGCCUCUACAGCAAGCCAUACUGGAGAAACGAUCCUCUGCAACACCUGCAUCACAAUGUGCACUGACCUCCAGGGCUCAAGCAACAAUGUCUCCCACAACAGAGAUCUUCCCUCUUUAAAAUUACCUGGAGGCCACAGUGUGAAUCUAAAAUAUGAGAGUGUGGAUGAGGACCACGUUGUCAAGGAGAUUGUUGCUACUGGAAGUGGCAAUGUCAAUGACAGACCACCACUGACUGCUGCAUUUUUGCUGUGUCUGUGUGUUCAGUAUUCGUCCACAUGCCUUCGUACUUCAGACCUGCGCAGGCUGCUGCUGCUUAUUGCUAGUGGAGUUCAGAGCGCCGUGUGGGAGCACACUAAGGAACUAGCUGCACUUCAAUCUGAAGAUCUUGAUAGGGAAGGUUCAAACCCAGAAGACCUCCCUGCUCUCAGUCUACCUGAGGUAAUCUCAGGACUGCGCCCCCUGGUGGUGUGGAUGUCCAACAGUCUGGAGCUGCUGCAGUUCAUCCAGUUCCAGUUGCCUCUUAUUCUGGAGUGGAGAAGCCGAAAAGAGCUAGGACAGGAUGGUGAAGAAGAAAGGGAUGCUGAGGAGAACAAGGAGGUUGAAAAUUUGGCUUUGUUGGAGCUACGUCUGUCCUGUGUCCGCUCAGCCAGUGAGGAGACCAUGGCUGUACUAGAGGAGGUCAUCAUGCUUGCCUUCCAGCAGUGUGUAUACUACAUCACCAAGGUCCUCUAUCCCAUCUUACCAGAGCUUCUGGUCUGCAACCCGUUCAGUGAGACUAGUGGCCUGCAGGUGAGUGGCGAGAGUGCCGGGGUCCUGGGUAAUGGCGGACUGCACGUGCCUGGUGAGAUACAGCAUCUUGUGGGGGUUCUGACCGACACCUGGAGACUACUGUCAGACUGUCAGCUCCACCCAGAGAUUUCCUCACAGCUUAUUGGCUACCUCUUUUACUUCAUCAAUGCAUCACUCUUCAACUCACUCAUGGAGAGAGGCGCCGAGCCAGGUUUCUACCAGUGGUCUAGAGGCGUACGCAUGCGGGCCAAUCUUGACAUGCUCUUAGACUGGGCCCACACAGCUGGACUGGGAGAACUGGCCUUGGAGCACACACACACUCUCUCAUCAGCUAUCAAUCUCCUGGCUACACCUAGAAAGAAUUUACUGCAGACAUCUUGGGUGUCCUUGCGGUCUAACUACCCUGCCCUGAGUCCUGCCCAGCUGAACCACCUGCUAAGUCUUUACAGCCCACCGUCUCCACGCAGACACACCUGGAUUCCAUCUGUUCAUGAGCAGGCUGCAGCACACAAUACUGCUGAUAUCCUGGAGAGCUUUGACACCCACCACCCUCUGGUGCUGCCAGAUGGGGGUUACCAACUUCAACUGGGAAGGGAGGUAACAGAUUCAGCCCUGGGGCUAGAGCUGGACAGGCUGAAAGAGUUCAUUUCUACGCUUUCAGACUCACAUGAGGGUACAGCUACCAAAGAGCAAAAGGUUAGUACCAUUCCCAUGGAGGCUAAACUUACUAAGAUGGAUAUUCUUCCCAAAGCCAGUUUGGAAGCCUUGGAUACAUCACCAGUCCAGGUGGUCUUACCUCAGGGUUCUGUUGAAGACCACCCCUUCGCUUCCUCUACCUCUGGAGCCAUGCCUCCAUCACCCCUAUCACCACCUUCUCCUUCCUCCAUGGAGGAAUUGAACUCCUGUGCUGCUGUUCUUUUGUCCCAGAAGUUAAGAAAUCUAGAGCUGCAGGCGAGAGAGACUGAAACCAGUGAGAUGAGGAAGUCAGCUCAGGACCCCUCCUGUCUCCUCACCCCACCCAACACCCCCCACAUUGUAGAUCCUGUUGAUUUGGUGAAGACACACCAAGAUAAAUGGGUGAAGGGCAACAGCGAGACCCUUCCUUGGUUCACUGGUGUAAACGCACACGAUGAAGGUGGAUUAGUGUUUGAAUGUCUGGCUGCACUGAAAGUAGACAUGAAAUCAGAUGACCCCAGUAUGAAAAGAUUUGUUGGCCUCAGAGAGGAUGAGGAGGAAGAGAAAGAUGACCAUUAUGAUGACAAUAAUGAUGAACUAUUCAGCUUGGAGCUGGAGCGAGGUGAAAGAGGACUUGGUCUUGCUCUGGUUGACACAAGGGAUACUUCCUUGAGGGUGAAAGGCAUCUUUGUCCGUGCAGUGGUCCCAGACACUCCUGCAGCCCGGUGUGAGAAGCUGGCCCCAGGAGAUAGGAUCCUGGCUGUUAAUGGAAUCAGUCUGCUUGGACUAGACUACCAGAGUGGGAAGGAGCUGAUCCAGUCAUCAGGUGACAGACUGAGGUUAUUGGUGGCCAGAUCGGACUGGAUGGCUAAGGCUAUACAGGCUGAAUGCUGACAGUGUUUUUUCGCUGCUUUUCUUUAAACCAGAGGUGACUUAAAGAUGACUAUACAAGCUUGCUGAACAUUGAAGUUCAGGACAUAGAUCUUAAUUAAGGAUAUGAGUGUUAAGAAAACAAAAAUGCACUACAAAAUGAUGUCCUGGUUGAGCCAAAUACCAGGUUUUAGCUGCUCAGUAAUAUAAUUUUGCAGCUUUUAAUUUACGUUAUAAUAGCAGGAUAAUUAUUUAUGUGUACCAAUGAAUACAGCAUUGUGAAAUCAAACUUAGAAGAAUUUGCCUCAAAUAUUCAAAGCCAGUGGCAGAAGAAUAUUUGUCCAACAACUGACUGAUUGUUUCCACUCCCAAAGCCCUCCAUACAAUCACUCUACAGGGCACAGGACCAAUCAGGACUAUAGGAGUGAUGCAGCACUUAUAUGGGAUGAUGAGGACUGUUUUUAAGAAACUUUGACAUGUGAGGCCCUCACCCCAGGCGCUUCUAUUACCAGUAUAUCAAAGGGCACACAGAAACUGGGACUGAGACUAUUACACACACACACACACAGCACAAAGCUUCAGUGAAGAGAUAUAAGUAUCACCUCAUUGUUAAUUAAGGUGUAAUUGCAUUUAUUAUCAUCUGUACAAAGUGAUUUCAUGCUAGGCUGAUACAUGAACCAUAAAAACACACUGUCACUGUUUCCUCAUUAACCAGUUGGCUUCUUGUCAUGAUCAUGUUUCUUUUCUCCUUAUUUUUUUUAUUAAUUACCCAUAGGCUUAUUAAAACAGUUUUUAUAGUUAGCAGUGUUUUUGCAAUAAAAACAUUUUUUAAAAGUGUUAAAGUGUGUGAUGGUAUCUGCAGUAUCUUUUUUGCU